CAAGGUUCGGGUUUUGUCCGCGGACUAGGAGGGCGUAAAGUUGUCAAUCGCGAAAAAAUUCCCUCCAUCCGGGCUUUAAAAACAAAUAAUUUUUGUAAAUUAAUUCAUGGAAUAACUAGGCAAUAAUUCGAAGACCUUGAGGAGAUUUCUAUAAUUAUAAAAUAACGGAUGACUUUUAUAAUUUUCAAUAUUUAAACUUUUUUCGAUCCAAUAGUUGACGAGAUGAAUAAUGGAAAUUUUCCAAUUUUCAGUUUAGUUGAUGGAAAACAAUUUGGGAAUCAUUGAUCAGCCUUUGAGACCGACAUUAAUAACAAAUCUCAAUUAUCGCCGAAAAAAAUCUGGAACUAUCUCCAGUCUUAAUUGUUCUUAAAGAAUCUACUUGCGAUAAAACACAGAAACCUUAAAAUAUCUGUUGGACCUCGAGGAAAUCAACAUAAAUGAAGAAAUGGAAACAUAACCUGUGGAGAUGAUGCAGUUGAAUGAAAAAUCUCGUCGAUGUUUCAUAAACAAUUCUAAAUUCACUGAAUGAUCUGUGGGAAUGAUUCGUCAUGAUCCAGGGUAUAAUAAAUAUCGAUUACUGAUAAAUUCGUAAAGCCAAAUGCAGGAAUGUGUGAUUUGCGAGGCUGAGAGCGACUGUUGAGUGCUGGGUAUUGCAAACAUUAAUUAGCUAUUAGCAAUGAUUAAUUUAAAACAUGAAAGAAGGAAUGUAGUCGAUAAUUUUCAUUACAUUUUCAUCACCAGCCCAGAGCAUUUCACACAGAACCUCAAUGAGAAAAUAAAUUCAAUUCUCAUUUAUGUAGUACAUUUAUGUAGUACAUACAUUAGCAAUUAAAAACUAUUACUCAAUUGAGUUUUUUGAAUUUAAAAUUCAAAAAAAUAUUACAAAAUUUUCCUGAUGUGAUCAUCGACUAUUUACGAAUUAAUGAAUAAUAAUUAUUAAUAGUAAUUAGUAUUAUAAAUGUAUUAUUAGAUACUGUUGUACGAUAAAGAUGCGUCUUUGUGAAAUCGAUGAAAUCUGUCGUGAUACUUCAAAAAUAGUGAAAUUCCUGCAAGACCGAAAGGUACUAGCAAGGGAAGUACUAUGCCCCAGGUGCAAUGAACUUAUGAGUUACGACGAUCAGAAACGUGCAUUCAGGUGUUCUAAGAGGAAAGCUGUACAAAAUGGCCACAAGAAAAGGAUGAGUGUAAAAUGCGAAGGAUAUGUGAGCUUAUUUCGUGGAUCAUGGUUCGGCAAUAUCCGGAUACCUCUCUCCACAGCCAUGAGGUUCAUUGGACUGUACCUCAUGCUGAAUCCACCGAGGCAGGAGUUCCUCAAGUUUGAAUUAGCAAUCUCCUCUAAUACGGUGGUAGAUUGGUCGAAUUACGUCAGAGAAGUUCUGAUAGACUGGUGUGAAGAGCACUCAGUUCUUCUGGGUGGAUCUGGAAAAAUAGUGGAAAUAGUGGAGACUAAUGUUGGCCAUCGAAAAUACAAUCGUGGAGCAGUGGCUGAGGAGAAAUGGUUUUUUGGUGCUUUUGAAAGGGACAGCAAGUCGCACGCUGUCAAAGUCGUUGAGGACAGAUCACCUGACACACUUUUGGAUAUUAUAAAAAAGUGGAUUAGACCUGGAACAACAAUUAUUUCUGAUCACUCGAAAUCGUGUCAUGAGAUGAGUCAGGAAAAUUAUGAUCACCUCGCUGUUGAGCAUUCCAUCAAUUUCGCGAAUCCUGCGAAUGGGUCGCAUAAAAAAAGUAUGGGGAGAACUUGGCGACACAUGAAGGAAACCGUGCAGAAAUAUGGUGCGAGGGAUCAACAUUUUCAUGGAUAUUUUUGUGAAUAUUUGUUCAAGCGUGCAAUAGAAUUUCCUGAUAGGAUUGAAACGUUCUUUGGUGUAAUUGCUAGAACGUAUCCACCCAUUGCCACCGCCAUGCCUCCAGAUUCAGACUGAUGUACGUCAUAAUUACGUAUGAUUUUUCCUUUCUAAUACCACAGGAGCUCCAAAAUUAUCGGAUAUCUCCCAAUAAGUUCAUUACAAACAAUUGCACGUGUUAAUUUGGCAGAUUAAUAAAUCAGGAGCGCGAAGGGCGAGUGAUUUUUCUGGAAAAUCUGACAAGCUCGAAUGUUGGCAAGGAACCUAGAGGGAAAUAUCCGAUUAAUUUUGAAGCUCGAGUCGUACUCGGGGGAUUAUUUUUUUCGUUCAAACUUCAGCCGAUAGAAUUCUCCCAUGAGACCAAGUCUAUAUUCAAAAAAUGAGAAAAGAUAUUUCACUUGAUGAA